ACAGUUCUUUGCAAAUUUGAAACUUUUUUUUCUCUCUCUCUCCUGUGGAGUCAAGUUUCAAACUCGGCUAACAAGGGGGUUCAGUUUCCUUGCACCGCCAGCCCUCGGCUGUUUAUUUGGCGAAUGAUUCCCCUCCAAAAUCUGGAGCCUGCGAAUUUACAGCCUUUUAAAACCGAUCAGGGGGAACGAAAAGGUUUGAUCUCCCCCCUCUCUGUUUAGGAAAAAGUUCGCUUGGAGCCGGAUCAAAGUUCGCGGCCAUUCACAGUUUAAGGAAAACAGAGACGAUGGACGUCUUCAACACUAAAAGCCUGGCCAUCCAGGCACAGAAAAAACUUCUGGGCAAGAUGGCGUCCAAAAGCAUGGCCAAUAUCUUCAUCGACGACACAAGCAGCGAGGUCUUGGAUGAACUUUACCAGGUGACCAAGGAAUACACAAGAAACAAAAAGGAAGCCCAGAAGGUUAUUAAAAACCUGAUCAAGGUGGUGGUUAAGCUCGGGGUUCUCUACAGGAACAACCAGUUCAGCGCAGAGGAGCUGGUGCUGGUGGACAAGUUCCGCAAGAAGGUCCACCAAUUGGCCAUGACAGCCGUCAGUUUCUACCAGAUUGACUUCACAUUCGACAGGCGAGUUCUUGCAAACAUCCUGAACGAGUGCCGGGAAUUGCUGCACCAGGCUAUCAAACGGCAUCUAACAUCCAAGUCCCACGGGCGCAUCGACCACAUCUUUAACCACUUUGCGGAUUGUGAAUUCCUGGCGACGUUGUACGGUCCCACAGAGCCUUACCGCGUACAUGUGCAGAAGCUUUGCGAAGGGGUUAACAAAAUGCUAGAAGAUGGAAACAUUUGAUUGGGGCAUUUGCACGAGUGACAGAGUGGAUGUACUGUGAGGUGGAGGGCUUUUUAUAUAAAAAAAAACGUAUGGCAUAAAAAUGUUUGUUUUGAUGAGGUUCCUUUUUCCACAGACAUGGCAAAAUGCCCUACCACAAUUUGAUGCUGAAGUAUUUUACUACAGUGAGUCAUUUAAUUUCUAGGGCAUUGAACUGUGGGCUACCCCAUUUUCAAAACCUCAUUACAUGUGAGCAAUUCAGGAAAUAGAGAGAUCUUCCUUAGAUGGAUCCAGGCUAAAGCCAAGCCCCAUGCCCAAAUAAUUGGAAUCAAACAUGACCUUAUGAUGAAAAUAGCUUGCAUGUACACUGUAUGCACAAUCUCCUGUCCAACUGGUAGAUGAAUAAUCUGAGGGGAGCUCUACUCAGUUGUGUAGCCCCAGAUAGUUUAGGGUUCAAUCCCUAUUUUAGCCAAAGUGGCUGAACUUGGCCAUGGAAAUGGUAGUGAGAUGAGAACUGGGCUUGGGCUUCCUGGGCUAGAAUGCAAGGAGGGAAAUCAAUUAGGGUUCCAGAUUGGCUAUCCAAUAACCCUGGCUUGAAAGUACGUGUGGACAAGAUCAGGCUCAGCAAUGUUGCCCCUACAGCCAGAUAGCCUAACUAUGUUCAUUACCUGGGUUCAUGUGUGUGAUUGAGAUACACAGGGCUGUGAUGCCUUUAAGAGUUGAUGUCUUCGAGAGAGGAGGAAAAAUAUUUGGGGCAAAGUCAGGGAGAAAGGACAACACAAGCCAAGUCCAUCGAGCACUUGCAUCCUCUGUGAACCACUACAAUCAUUCUCCAAUUGCAAAGCUCGGCCUCAAGGUUAUAAAAACACUGAUUCUGAGCAAGACUGUGGUUUUAGCCUGAAGCCAUCAAACAAAUCAAAUGCUAAAUGGACUUACUGUUCCUCAUCUAGACUUGCAUAGUUUAUUUUUUACCACCAAUGUCAAAUGAUUAUAUACCAUGUGUGAUACCAGCUAUGACUUAUGGGGUUUUUUUCAGCAUUGAGACACUUAAAUUGCUGGGUCCAUUUGUGUGUGAUUGCCCAUCUGCUGUCUGUACUUGGAGCCAUUCUGUAUCCAUACUGAGUUUGCGUUUUAUUUGGGGAGUAUUGUGUAUUGGUUUUCAAAGUGGAGAAUUGACAUCUGUUAUAAUGUGAAACAGUUUGCAUGCUGCAGUUCUAAUCUUUAUUUCUAUCACAUCUGUUCUUUAAAUAUUUGUACUGUAAGUUCACAGUUGAAAAAUUGUCAAGUUCCCUUCAA